GGGCUAGAUUGGUGGGGGACAGCUUGAGGGUUAAGAGGGAAGAGAACAGAGAGGGGAAAGAGUCUGGACGCGGCUUUGUGGGCAGGACCAGUGAUUUCUUGACAAGGGGAUAGAAAAGAGGGGCAGGAGAUUUAGAACCAGACUCUCGAGGGAGGAUGUAGCCAGGAUUCAGGGGCAGCUACUGCAGGAGUUGUUAGAUUCCCCCCCCCCCGUACUUCCUUGCCUGUACCCUUGCUCGUUCACUCUCCCUGAAGGAAAACGGAGGACUUGGAGUUGCCACUCUUCUUUUAAAAGGGCUAGCUACAAGAGAGGAGGGGGAAGGGGAAAGUCCUUCCUCUCAACGGUUUAGGAGAAGAUCUAGAGUGCUGAGGGGCUGGCAGGCGGCCUCAUCCAUCCCAAGGGGUAUGGAACGGGUGGAGGUGAUUAACAUCCAGCGCCUUCUGGAGGCAGCUGAAUACCUGGAGCGCAGAGAGAGAGAGUGUGAACAUGGGUAUGCCUCGACCUUCCCUUCCAUGCCGAGCCUUGGACUGCAAGACCCAAAGCCACCGCAGAGACUGAGCCGGGCAAGAAAGCAUAGUAGCGGAGGUAGCAGUACGGGCAUCGCUAACAGAUCUACGCACAACGAACUAGAAAAAAAUCGACGAGCUCACCUCCGCCUGUGUCUAGAACGUUUAAAAGUUCUGAUACCACUAGGACCCGACUGUACCAGACACACGACCCUCGGACUGCUUAACAAAGCCAAAGCACAUAUCAAGAAACUUGAAGAAGCUGAUAGGAGAAGCCAACACCAGCUUGAGAACCUGGAAAGAGAGCAAAGAUUCUUAAAGCGAAGAUUGGAGCAGCUACAGGGCUCUCAAGAGAUUGAGCGAAUACGAAUGGACAGCACUGGAUCAACCAUUUCCUCAGAUCGCUCUGAUUCGGAGCGGGAAGAGAUCGAAGUGGAUGUGGAAAGCACAGGGUUCUCCCAUGGAGACGUGGAUGAUAUCAGCACAACCAGUACCAGUGACAUUGAUGACCACAGCAGCUUGCAGAGCAUUGGGAGUGAUGAGGGUUACUCCAGCGCUAGUGUCAAGCUUUCCUUCACUUCCUAGAGCAUGGUGCUAGGGCAGAGCAGAUUAUUUCUUUGGGGUAGUUCACACAGCAGAGCUGUUAGAGACAGUAUUUUUCUUCUCCAAACCCCACACUUCCACAGCUAAGCUUGGACAGAUGCAACUCUAAAAUAUCUCCAUGGGUCCACAGGAGGGUGGGAGCUUAACAAGGGAGCUAAUCUGUCUCCAUACUGUCUUAGUGCUGAACCCUUAGCUAUUUUGACAUCUGAGUCAGGACUCCAGUUGCAGAUAGCUGGACUGAUAUUUGCUCAUGUAUAGUGGAUAGCUCUGCUCAGAGAGUAUUUGAUUUGAACAAGGGAUCUUUGUUAAUUCUGGCCCUGUUCCUUUCUCAGUUUGUCACACCUCCUGAGAAAUAGGUUUUACCAUCUUCCAACCUUAACUUGUUAAGAUCUCUUGUGGUGCUAACAAUAAAUAAGAAAGUUUGUCCAGUAUCUAUGAAGAUAAGCUAUCUUGGAUGGGAAUAUCUGUGUACUAGACCCAGAUUGUGGGACAAAAGUAGCCAACAAGAUAUAGUUUCUUAGACCAGCCUCUUCUGAUGAGUUUGCACAUUCUUAACUACAAAACUCCUUUUUCAGGUUCCUUACAGUUCCACUUAUUUUAAUCCCCCCCCUCAACCUGAACAAGAGAACUAGGGGCAGUUCUUGUGUACUCUCACCAGCAGAGCUAGUCCAAUCAACACUUUCUACCCACUGGGUUUCUCCAGUCAGUUUUGAUCAUUGCUACCUAGGAAGUAAUAGGGAGAAGCUCUGCUCAUGCCCUGUGAAAGAGAGGUGCUGCAAAUCUGGAAGCAAUUCUCAUUCAGCUCAACUUUUCAGCUGGACAUUGUUUCAAGGCAAGAGCUUGCACCGCAUGAUUUAGCACUAGAGUAUUGAGCUGUAACAUACCAGCACACAGUGCAACUGCUCUCUGGAUUCAAUGGCUACAGCAGUAACUCCUUGUCUAGAGUGAAUCUUCUGAUACAGAGAGCGAGACACAGACAAGCCUGUAAAAGAAAUGAUGAUGUGCACGAAAGGCACAGCCUCCAUUCUGAGCCACAAUGGUCUUUUUUCUUUUGCAGAUUAUUUUGAUAAACGUUUGUAAAAGUUGUUCAGGUGAGAGAGCCUACAUGCAACAAUGUCUUUUUAGAACUCAUAGGCAUGAUUGGCAAAUGUCUUUUGUAAAUAACCAAUGGAAAGGGACCCGUUUUUCUGCUGCCAUGCACAAAAGGAACAGGUACUCUCCUUGGGUUUUAUGGCUCUUCCUUUGAUUUCAUUUUUGGACUCUUGUUUGCAAACUUUGCCACCUGGAUCCCACCAUGGUCAUGUGUCCAUAGUUAACAUGGCACGUGUCUCCAAGGGAAGCCUCAAAUUCUCCCUGAGCAGUUAGUUGUCUUGCUGUUAACAAUGUAAGAUUGUAUCCCGUUUUUAAAAUCGUUUUUCUUUUGAGAUAAGCUUUCUAACCUGCACUUUGAGGUCUUCUGUGCUUUUACAUUUAAGUUUUUAACUAUAAGGAUUCUGAUUAUUGUUCUUUUACCAAGUUUAAACUUUUUUCUUAAAGAGACCUCAUUUAAGACACUUGUUUAAGAAUAAGUAAUUUGCCUACCCUCUAAUUACUAAGGGAAAAAAGAAAAAAAAGAAAAGAAAAAAGGCUUUAUAAAAUUCAUAACUUAUUGCUGGUUAUAAUUAUUGGGUUGUUAAUUUCAGUCCUGUAGAUUUUGAAUUUUAUUAUUUUAGAUAGGGCUGGGCGACAAAAAAAUAAAAAUUAAAAUAAAAAAACAAGGUAACCUCAUUUAGCAGUGCAGUGGAAUUGUGUUUAAAUGUUGACAUAUGGUUCUGCUUAAUAGUAGCACUUUAACACCAUUAAACAUUUCUGUAUCUGAAAUGCACUGUGUUCUGCCAUUUUGGUCACAUAUCAUACUUUAGAAUAUCCAUGUUCUUUGUGCCUGGAAGUUGUUUUUUUAAACCUAUUGGCCAUGUGAUUAGGUGACCCCAAAUGACUUUUCAUGUAGAUCUUGUCUCAAUACUGAUAUGGUGCGUGUAUAUUUAAACCCACAUAUGUUAUCCAUGCACUCCAGAGCUAUUACUGUGUCAUGUAAUACAGGACACGACUUUAGAACCUGUCUCAUGAAAUAGAAGCAUAAUCCCACAAAAUUAUAGUGUGUUUAUAGAGCUGGGAGUUUAAUUUUUAUUUGUUAAAGCCUGGAUCAAGUUAUUGUUGUACAUCAAUCUCCUCUAGGUGACUACAUAACAUUCCGGUUUACUGCAUGUGGUAAUCUCUCCCUCUAGUGGCUGGAAUAAGAACCAAUUAGUUGUAGUUAAUGGGAGAAAAACUUUCAGCUGAACCAGUAGCAAUAGUUUUUAUAGUACCGAGGUCUGUUAAUUUGGCCCAUAAUUUGCAUGGGUUGAAGCUAUGGUGUCACAGCACAAUUGUAUGGGGCUGUCAAAAAAACAGAUGAGAACUCAAAUGAGCAAAAUUGCAGUGUAUGUAUAGGUAGCCAUGGUUCAUAAUUUCACAUAUCACAAAAACAAGUCAACACGGAGCCUCUUGCCAGGAGUGUAUGGAGAUGAGCUCAUGUAGCAGAGGACAUGAUUUGUACGUAAAAGAACCUGAGUUCAAACCCGAAACUCUCCAGCUGGAAAAACAAGGCUGGAGAGUUGCUGUCCAGGUAGAACUAGGCUAUAAUGAAUAUUAGUCUGAUUAAGUUCUAUGGUGUGUCAAGAUUACGUAACAGUAAUUAGAUAAGAGGGGGCUGGAAUAAGGAGUGACUACAGCCCUCUUCAUAUAUUACUUGCCUGAAGGGGUAAUAUGAUUACAAAGGGGCUCCGCAUUUAGCCUCUGCCUUAAGGGCAUAUGGCUGUUCCUGACCCCCUCACUUGUUAAAGGAUAAUGUGGGGAGUCUUUUCCAUUAUCAUAGGUGCCCUGCAUGAUUUAGAAUGUGUGUAGGGAGUCAACAUUGAUAGAAAAGGUUCACAACUUCAGAAGUUAUUCCUCAACAAGUAAGACGCCAGGAAGAGAUGUGUGACCUUUGGGUUAGGGCUAAACACACAGUCUUUUUGUAUAAGUAACCUAUGAAAAGGGUUUAACCUACACCAAAUUCUACACCCAUCACACUUUAAACUUAGUCUCUGAAGUGUUUGUCUAGACUCACAUACAGCAGUUCCUAUGUUAAAGUGCCGUAGAGCAAGGGUCAAUGCAAUGGCAACAAGACACAACGGGAUGAGUGUGGAUAUAGAUACAUUAGCCAUUCUGUCUUAUAAAAAUGGAAAAGGGUACAUCUGUGUAACUUAGUCACAAUUAUUGCCAGAAAAUAGACCAAACUAUUACGUAACAGCUAGAAAAGUCUCUUUGAUGAGAUCAUGUUGUUUGGUAGACUGCCCUUCACAUUUUGAAAUUUCCUCGUUCCUUACAACACUUGAAACACAUUUCUAUGUACUCUCUUACACACCCAAUUUACGCUUAGUUGUGCAAUCCUAUGCAUGCUUACUCAGAAGUAAAUCCCAUUGUGUUUAACAGUGUUUUAUUUCUAGACAAGUGUGCACAGAUUUGCAGGCUCAGGCCCAAACUCAAUGUAAGGUAAAAUUUAACACAGGUUUUACAAAUGGUAGUAUCAGCUUGAAGGGAUGGAGUUGAGAAUUAUCCCACUUACAGCAGACACGGAAGAAGAAAAGUCUUAUCCUCUGCUGCAGUUCUGAGGAAAAUCCUUCCUUAGAAGCUGGUGGUGGGAUGGGGAGAAGAGGAGACAUCUACCUAAACCAGUUUUGGAAAUGACAAUCUUGUAAGUUCAUCACUAGGCCUUGUCUGGGAAAUUCUGUUCAAAAAAAGUUAAGGAACAUAAACUCCUAAUCUGACUUCAUCAUAACUAAGACUGUUGACAUUCAUGAUGCUCACUCUGAGAAAUAAAUCAGUGCUGGUUUGUCCUUUGUCUUGGUAAAAGCUCUUAUUUCAGAUAUUUGUCAUUGCUAAUGCUUAUGCAAGUAAUACCAAGAGCAGCUGUUUAUAUUCCGUGUCUAUGCAGGAAUGCUUUUACCCUACUUCUCUACCAUCGAGGAAAUUAGGAGCCAAAGAAUCUUGAUAUUGAGGUGGACUGUUUGUGUCUAGUUUCUCACUGGAAUUAGGCACUGAUAUUUCCAAACCUUGCUAUGGAAGAGCCAAAUGCCUAGGGAUACUGGAAAUUGAACAUUUUGCAUGCAAAUCAUGUGCCCAUGCCUGACCCCCUUUUUGAAUUUGAUGGAAAAUAGAAGCCACUACACACCCAUGGCUAUUUUCUCCUAAACAUUGUCCUGUGCGAAGCCAUUGACUACAGUUAACUUUAGAUUUACACAGUGUGAUACAACUCUGAGUUAUGGCAUACUAUGGUACGUCAGUUCAAGGAUAGUAAAGUGCUAAUGGAAAAGGCUAACAUGGCCAAUAACAACUUGCAGUUAAUUAAGAUUCAUGCCUCUCAGAAACGUAGAACCCUAUUUCGUUGUUACUUCAUCUUUUGCUCUUCAGACUUUAUGUAAGGAAGAACUAGAAACUUCAGUUUUGUUUGUAUAUGGCUGAUUGCUCAUACAGCACAACAGUGGAAAUGGGACUUCACUACAUCUGUGAGUUAAAGGAAACUGUGAAACAAUUAUCACAGCAGCUUCCAGAAGCAGAACAUCAGGCCCAGUGGAGGGAACUGAUGGUCUGCAUCAGAUCAAGCCUUAGAGAGAAUCUGGCAAAUUUUAAGAGCCAACUGAAAGUAGCAAUAGGUGAAGAGUACAUUCACUCUUCACCCAUGGCCUAUUCCUUAAAACGUUUUACAACUCUUGUAACACUGGCCUCUUGUAUGGGCCUAGUACUACACAUGUCAACAUUAAACUACUCUGGUGGAAAGUUCCAAAUCGUAACUUGGUUUACAAGAUUAGGAACACUAAAAAUAGAAUCACCAAUCUCUCUAUUUUCAUUUUUCUCCUCUGUAGCCAUGUUGCAAAGAUAAAUUUCCUAACUGUACUAAAUCCGAUCUACCAUUUCUCUGUUCAGCUAAUCAAACUAGGGAUAUGAGGCAGAACCCCUAUUCUAAUACAAAUGCUAGAUUGUUUUGUAAUCAACAUACAGAAAAGUUGUAUACAUUUGGUCAUAAGAAAGGGGAUUUAAAGGAUACCAAAAUAGCUAUGAAUGACAACUACGUCCCUCAUACUUCAGAUAUCUCUAACAUCUAUGUAGCCCCUGCUCCUCCUUGCUCCUUGUAGCACAAUACAAUCUGAGUUUUAGUACAUUACUCUAUUAACUACCAUUGUAUAUGGAAGGAGCCUGUCUCCAUGAUGGUAACAGGACUAGAUAACAGCUCAGGGCCAAGCUCAUUUAAUCACUGGACACAAAAUGGCUUAAGAAAAAACUGCACAAGCAUUCUACAGUGGUCUAACUUUCAACCUAUUACCAGGCAGAAGAUUCAACUUCACGUGUUCAAAAAAUAGUGAUUACCAUGGCAUCUCAAAAGAUGAAUGCUGCAUGUGGCAAAGGAUGUAUAAGACAAGUUACUGAGAAACAAACUGUUCAGGAUUUGCCAGUAGCUAACAUAAGAACCUAAGAAGUUACCACCAGGAAACUUCUGUGUGUGUCAAUCAGCCUUCAGCUCCUUUCCUAUAUUCUAUAUGUUUAACAACUAUGUGGUCAGGCAAAGUUCUUAAUCUAAAGGAAAGAGCUACAUUACUCACCCACCCCUACAUGCAAGCUACAUUAGAAUUGUACAGUUCCUCAGCUGCACAAUUCCCUUAACUUCUGUUACAAAGCAAUAGGGACCAACACUCAAGAGUUCAACAUGUUGGUCAUUGGCUCAAGCAUGCUUAAUUCUGUAUUGUGGCUAAAAUCUGUAGCAACAAUCACGCUGCCAAUGCUCUGCAACAAAGAUGAACUUAUAGAAAAAUGUAAUGACAUCUGUAAGAAUAAGAGCUGAACAGCAGUAAAGACAAUUACUCAAUCCAAUGUGCAAGUGACAUCAAUGCAGACAUUUGCUAGACAAAACAAAGCCAUCAGCAAGUCCUGCUAGAAAUUUUACAAGAUAGGCAACGCACUAAUGCUCUAACACACAGCAAAGUAUUGCAUGUCAGGAAGCUGAAUGCCAGUAUAUGCUUUUCCCUAUACUGACUCCAGCUGAGCCCCUAGGGAGGGAGAAUAUUGUACCACAUGAAACUCCAGUUGGCAGUAACUAGGGGAUGUGUUCAGCCAGAUGUGUUUCUUGCAUAGCAGCUUGGUGGCUGUUUCAAAACGCUAGGACAGAUUAAUCCUUGGUCUGAAUGAAGAACAUGUUAACUGGAGACAAGUUAACCUUUUAUACGUAUAAAAUACCUUACACAUUGUAAAAAGUAAUCAAAUUUAGCUCAAGUAAGUAAUAAGACUGGGCUCCUUCACAGAAAAAAAUGUGUAUGUCUGCAGAUAUUUCUGAUAGUGCUUUUGUUGGAAUAAGGUGGAUAUCCAUAUACAGUACAUAUUGACAUGGUACAUGUAUUGUGUUUUAAAAUCACAACAGCUAGCAUAAGAAAAAAUGCAUUUCUUUCAUCAAUCACACUGCCAUGCUGCGUAGCUCUUGGAUUUUAAAAUGUCACAGUCUUGCAGUAUAUAAACAAUCCUGUUGCUGAUGUUCAAGCUCUAGCUAUAGCAGAAUGCAAAGGAACUUCUAAUUCUUGCAUGACAUCUCACUUUGAAAAUCCCAAAAUGUUUUCCUUAAGUCUUUUGAAGCGUCUAUUACUUUGCUAUUUUAAAAGAAAUGUUACUGCAGUGUAAUCUUGCAUAGGAUUUAAGUUUGCAGCUAUUAUAUUCUGAUGUAAAAUGAAUACAAACCCAGUAAGUAUAGGCGGGCCCCGCUUCCCGGCGUUCCGUUAAUGCGGCGGCUUUGAUUUCACUUUUUUAAAGCCGAUUUUGCCAUUUUGCGACAUUUUCGCACAACGGCACCAUUAUAUUCAAUGGGGUUCCGCUUUACGGCAGGGGUCCGGAACAGAACCUGCCGUAUAAGCGGGGCCCGCCUGUACAUUUCAUUUUCUAUCACAUUAGCCAAUGUCUGAUGUGCAAAUUAGGUUUAUGCUGUUAUAAUUUUUCCCAGCUGUUAAAAAAUACCAGCAAGUCUGUUUUAGCAUUUAUUGAAUUAUGAGUUUCCUUUGUAAUUUAUGUAUUAAAGGGGAAUCAUGUACAGUGCUGUGUUUCUAUAAUAAUAAUACUGCACUGGGCUAGGAAUGCAGUUCCAUGUUUAUGUAUCCUCUGACAAAUAUUUUUAUGUGCAAGCUUAGUUUUAAGAUUUCUGCUAUCACUAUUUUUGCUUCCUCAGAGGUUUCCUGAACUUUGGUGCAGUUACUAUAGUGGUGCUGUAGCCAACCGCUACUUGAGGAACUGAAUAAUACAAAAACAAAUCCCAACCAAUCCCUGAUUGGUGCUUAGAUUGACCAGUGCCAGUCUCCAAAAUAAUACUGAAACAGCAUUAUCUAUAAUGGCGCAGGGAUGGUGCUGACAAAGUUGUUACAUUUUCCAUCAUUGUAAAACAUUCUUUUGUUUGUGGGCAUCUAUAUUAACUUGUUUAAAAUAUACAAAUAAAUUUUAUCAAAUUUUA